ACGUGAUCGGUUUCAAUAAGAUGGCGGGCGAAUUUUGCAAGGUGUGGUUGUCGAAUUCGGCGCAAAUAUAUACAUUUCGCAACGGAUGUUAAUGUAGUAGCACAGAUAUACGUUACUGUGCUAUUAUCAAACAAAAAUUGUUAGAAAGGCAAAUUUCAAAGUAAACAUACUAUCAAAAUCGUAUAUAAGAGCAAAAUUGAAUGUCCAGGGCCUAGUGUGAAUCUAUCCAUUCAUUUCCACAUGAACGCUGGUCUGCUACUUCUAUUCGUUUCGGGCACUUUAGGUGCGGUUUCUCCACUUAACUAUCUGUUUGGAACAGUUCCCAAAGUCGGGUACGAAUGGAGGAUCGUUGGUGGUAGUGAUGCACCAGAAGGAGCGUAUCCUUACCAAGUCUCACUGAGAAACUUAGGGAACCAUGAGUGUGGUGGUUCCAUCAUUGACGCGACUACGGUUAUGACCGCCGCACAAUGCGUCACUGGAUCCAGUCCGAGUUUCCUGCGCGUUGUAGUAGGUUCGAAUAAACUCAACUCAGGAGGUAUUGCAUACGAAAUCGAAUCGAUCAGGGCCCACACCGGAUACGACUCGUGGCGCUUGACAAAUGACAUCGCCCUUUUAAAGUUGAAAACUCCCAUUUCAUUUACGGAUAAAGUGAAAGCCGUCGAUUUGGAAACUGAAUACCUCGGUGCCGACGUCGACUGUGUUUUGAGUGGAUGGGGAGUGUUAAAGGUUGGUGGACGAGUUCCAAACAAACUCCAACACAUCGAUCUAAAGACUAUUACGAAUGAAUAUUGCGCCAAACUUCUCUUUCGUAGCUUCAUCGAUCGCACGCAUGUUUGCACUUUCACUAAAUAUCGCGAGGGUGCCUGCCAUGGUGACGCUGGUGGUCCUUUAGUGACCAACAAGCAAAUUGGUAUCGUAUCCUUUGUAUACGCAUGUGCCGUUGGUUAUCCUGAUGCCUUCACCAGAGUGUCCGCCUUUACGGACUGGAUCGAAGAAAAUAGAUAUUGAGCUUCCUAAACAUAUACGCAAAAUAAAAAAUUAACUAAAAAA